AUGGUUCAAGGGGCUGAAACAAUUAUACCCUCAUCAGUCUGCAGUGAAAGUUGCACACUGGGAUAUAGAAAAAUGAUCCGAAAGGGUCAACCCAUAUGUUGUUUUGAUUGUGUCCCAUGUUCCCAAGGUGAAAUUGCUAACACAACAGGAUCCACUUCUUGUUUUAAAUGUCCUGAAGAUCACUGGUCUAAUGAGAGGCAUGAUGCAUGCAUUCUAAAAACAAUUGAAUUCCUGAGUUACAAUGAUCCCUUAGGGACAUCUUUGGCUGCUGCAGCUAUUUCCCUCACAUUUAUCUCUCUGUCUUUCUUGCUUAUAUUUAUUAAAUAUCGAAAUACUCCUAUUGUAAAGGCAAACAACAGAGAACUUAGCUAUUUUCUGCUUGCUUCUCUUCAGCUCUGCUUUCUCUGCUCACUUAUGUUCAUUGGCCAUCCUGUAAAUAUAACGUGCAUUCUACGGCAAACAGUUUUUGGUUCAAUUUUCUCAAUGAGUGUAUCAUUAGUUUUGUCGAAAACAGUAACUGUUGUCAUAGCCUUUAAGGCAACACAUCCAAGCAGUGUACUACACAAAUGGUUUGGAUCAAACACAUCAACAGUGAUUGUAUUUUUCUGUACGCUAGGACAAAUCAUAAUAUGUGCAGUCUGGUUAGCAAAUGCUCCUCCUUUUGUGGAGACUAACACGUGGUCUUUAACCAACAUCAUUAUUAUUGAAUGCAAUGAGGGGAACAGAAUGUAUUUUUACUUAAUACUAGGAUACAUGGGAUCCUUGGCAAGUGUUUGCUUUGUACUUGCAUUUCUUGCAAGGAAAUUGCCAGAUACUUUUAAUGAAGCAAAAUAUAUAACUUUUAGUAUGCUGAUCUUUGUUAGUGUAUGGUUAUCUUUCAUUCCAGCAUACCUGAGUACUCAAGGUAAAAAUAUGGUUGCAGUUGAGAUUUUUGCUAUUUUGUCAUCAAGCCUUGGCUUACUUAUUUGCAUAUUCUUAAGCAAAUGUUAUAUAAUUUUAUUAAAACCUGAAAUGAAUACCAGAAAGCACAUAAGGGGGAAGUGA